UGGGGAAAAGCGAACCCUGGAUUAUGGUACGCCGCUCCUUUCUCUCUUCAAAAAAUUUUCCUUUUUCUUCUUCUUUUUUCCCCUCAAACAUACAUAGAUAGAUUCUCCCACACACAAUCUGUAGAAUUUCGCAGCCCUGUUUCGUGAAACCACAAUUGCGCAUAUACAUACAUAAUAAUAUACAUAUACAAAAACGUAUAUACGCAAGGGUAUUGCUGAGGCUGGGCGUCGUCGAGCAAAUUUUUUUAGCCUAAUUUUUUGUUGUUGGAAUUAGUAAUGGCGACGAGGUUGGCUCUGAAAUUCGCGAGAAAUUGCUCUUUGAAUCGGAAUGUUAGGGCCAGCAAUGUUCCGAGGCAUUAUUUCUGCAGCGGAGCUUCAGCUGGCUCUGCUCCGCCUCCAACUCGCCACAAAGUUCCCCACUUUCCAAAAAAGGGUAGGUUAUUUACGGCAGCUGGUAUAGGUUUACUUAUAGGUGGAGGUGCAUAUGCAAGUACCGUAGAUGAAGCAACUUUCUGUGGCUGGCUAUUCUCUGCAACAAAGCUAGUCAAUCCUUUCUUUGCAUUCCUGGAUCCAGAGGCUGCCCACCGGCUGGCAGUUACUGCUGCAGCACGAGGAUGGGUCCCAAUAGAAAAGAGGCCCGAUCCAACAAUGUUGGAAAUUGAAGUAUGGGGGAGGAGGUUCUCCAAUCCAGUUGGUCUUGCUGCUGGUUUUGACAAAAAUGCGGAGGCUGUUGAAGGCUUACUUGCUUUAGGAUUUGGUUUUGUGGAGGUUGGAUCAGUCACUCCAGUUCCACAGGAGGGCAAUCCAAAGCCUCGUAUAUUUAGAUUGAAAGAAGAAGAUGCUAUCAUCAACAGAUGUGGCUUUAAUAGUGAAGGAAUUGUUGCCGUUGCAAAGCGGCUGGGUGCCCAACAUGGUAAAAGGAAGUUGGAAACAUCCAGCAGUACGUCUUUGUCAGGAGACGAUGUUGUACAAGGAGGGAAAGCCGGGCCUGGGAUUCUUGGAGUUAAUCUUGGAAAGAAUAAGACCAGUGAAGAUGCAGCAUCUGAUUACGUACAAGGAGUUCAUACAUUAUCUCAGUAUGCUGAUUACUUGGUUAUCAAUGUUUCAUCCCCUAAUACACCUGGAUUGCGACAACUUCAGGGGAGAAAACAGUUGAAAGACCUUGUCAAGAAGGUCCAAGCAGCUCGUGAUGAAAUGCAAUGGGCCGAGGACGGUCCACCUCCAUUGCUUGUGAAAAUUGCACCCGACUUGUCUAAACAGGAUCUUGAAGAUAUUGCAGCGGUUGCUCUUGCUCUUCGAGUAGACGGAUUGAUCAUAUCGAAUACAACCAUUCAAAGGCCGGCAGCUGUUAAAGGUAACCCUGUUGCUGAAGAAGCUGGUGGCUUGAGUGGGAAGCCGCUCUUCAGUUUAUCGACUGACAUACUCAAGGACAUGUAUAUUCUUACAAAGGGAAAGAUUCCUUUGAUUGGCUGUGGAGGUAUUAGCAGUGGAGAGGAUGCAUACAAGAAAAUACGAGCUGGAGCAACUCUCGUUCAGCUGUAUACUGCAUUUGCAUACGGUGGGCCUGCCCUCAUACCCAAGAUAAAGGCUGAACUUGCUGAAUGCUUAGAGAAGGAUGGUUUCAAGUCUAUUUAUGAAGCUGUUGGAGCUGACUGCAGAUAGCAUCAAAGCUGAGAAUCUGCUCAUUUUUUAACUACAAUGUACAGCCAUUUCACAACCCCUCACACAAAAUUUUGCCAAAUUUUUAUUUAUUUCUUUGGUUUUUUUUCCUUGUGUUUUUGUGAUUUUACAUUCUUUGGAGGAAAUUUUUGUCAUGUCCACUUAUAGUGGAAGUGUUGCCCACCUUUUUUGAUGAUAUAUUAUUACUAUUAUUAAUUGAAACAUUUGACAUCUUGAAACUGCUAA